UGUCAAAGUCAAUUCAAUGUCAUGUCAAUUGACACUAAGAAUAAAGAGGAAAUAAAUCUUUAUUAUUUUUAAAUAAUAAUUAAUAUUUUAUAUGAAAGUUAUUGAAUAAAGCUUUGGUUUAUCUCUUUUGGAUAAGCAUAAGCAUUCUACACAAUGGCGUUGUCAAAGAAAAUUAGUAUGAUGACUCCUUAUUUUCCUGAAAAGCGAGCUUCACAAUGGGAACACUUAAUGAGAAAGUUUUCUGAUUCUCGCAAAGAACAAAGCAAGACAGGUCCAUUGGAUAUUCCUCAAGCUGCUCGUUUAACCAAGUACUUUCCUACAUCCUCGCGGUAUGAGGGCUCUUGGGAUAUACUGGGUAUGAGUGGAUAUGGAACGUAUACCUUUCCGAAUGGAGUCACAUAUGAAGGUGAAUUUGACGAUGGAGUGUUUCAUGGGAAAGGUGAGCUGCAUUACGAGAACGGCAUGGUGUUGCGAGGCAGAUGGGAGAAUGGGACCAUGGUCGAAAGAACUCUUCUGUUCAACGAUAGCCUGGAGUACGAUGAAAAGGAUUGGAAGUACUGUAUACCGCCUGAUAGAAGAUUUGCAAUAGAAUAUAAACAUGGCUUAAUGCCUGCUGGCAAAUCGUACUUGACAGCUGACCAGCCCACCAGAGAGAUACCUCCUGGCCAUUAUGAUACUGGUGACGGCUUCUAUGAUACUAAGACAAAGAUGAUAUACAAGUAUGAUGAAUUAGGAGCAGUUUUGAGAACUCCAUCACGUAACGAGCAGAUAUGGAUUGAGAGCAACUGUCGAGUGAAUCCCGAGAAACCUCUGGGUCCUCGUCCAGACUUGUAUGAAGCGUACACAGCACCAGUGGUGCAACCGCCACCACCACCACCGCCUGCAGCUGGCGUGAAGCUCACAAUGAACGUAGCCAAGACAGAAUCGUUGGACACGAUUGAUGAAGAAUUUACAUCUAGCUCCAAAGUAUUGAAGUUCCACAACACUGGGGAUUCUUCCAGCGAUAGCUUCGAAUAGUGAUCUCUCUCAUUGACAUCAAGAGUACUUACUUUAUGUCAAGUAAUUAAUUUUAUUUUCGUUCUAAGUAAAAUUUAUUUUUAA